AUGUCUAUCACGCAUUCAAGAUUAAAAAAGUUUCCUAGUUUUGAUUUAGUUAACGCUCAUUUCAUACACCAUAAAUUAAUAAUACAAGAAGAUACGGAAAAGGUGCGAAUAUGUGAUCUAACUACACGUACUGAAGAAGACCCCGAUAACGACAAGGUUUAUAAUUUCGAUGCGAAAAUCUCAAACACUCACGUACAUGGAGAUCUCCUGUGGGUCCUUUUGAGGUCAGGAGAUAUCAUAGUUAUAAACCCAGCGACAGGAACUCGAAUCAAGGUAACAUGUGAAAAGUUGGCCAACUAUAAGAUCCAAAAGUUAAGAAGCAAUGAAAAUAAUGUGAUCCUAAUUAGUAAAAGUGGAGAAUGUUUGGUGGUGUUCUUUUCAAGAAAAGAUUUGGAACAAGAUAUAGUAGAUGGCAAAGCAGAACAUACCAUAUCUAUAGAUAAAUAUGGUGGGUCUUAUUUGGCUGUGGAAUCUCAUUUGCUCACAAACGGAUUGAUUGCAUACAUCAAGGGAGAAACUUUAGUUUUGAAAUGUCCUAUAACUGGUUUAUAUGAAGUUAUGAGUUCAACAAAGAAAAUCCUUUAUGCAGUUCCAUGGGCUGAUUCACUGAUAAUUUCUGAUGGAGCAACAAUGUGGCUGGUAGAUAUUAAAGACUCCCACAUUAUGUAUGAAUUUAAAGAAGAUGGAAUCACAUACUAUCCACUGGGGUCAUAUAACAAUGACUUUUACUAUCUGGUUUGGGAUCAAAUGCAGGUGUACAUUUGCUGUGCUUGGGAUGAAUCACUUCUACUCGAUGAAACAAAUGACCAGCAUGAUAACAACUCUACCAUCCAAAAACUUUCUUCUCAAGAAACGCAGAAAGUUCAGUUGAAAACUAUCAUUGACAGUUUGACAUCAACAACAGACCCAGAUCAGGUAUUACCCCAAAUACAACCAUAUUUUGACACCAUUGAAGACUUACCUCUUCUUGUCAAUACGGCCCUUAAACUGUGUAAGAUUAAUUUGGCAUUCAAACCACUUGCAUAUAGUUUACAAAGGAAAGUUUUUGCAUCAGCUGAUAAUUCCCUGAUUCUAUCAUUAUGUGAUAUCAUGAAUAAAAUAGACAUACUGGAGUACAUUGAGUUCAGAGGAAGUAAUUUAUAUGAAGACCUAAGCAUAUUUGAUUUGACCUUUGUGGAAUUAUGCAUGACAUUUGUCUCAAAAGGCGAUUUUGAUUUAUCUUCCAUAAGUUGGCUCAAAUAUUCUGCUGUAAAACAAACAAUUAAUUCGAAUGAUAUAAUGGGCAUAUUGAAUGCGAUCCCUAACAAUAUUAAGAUGGGUGCCUUAAUAAAUUGGUUAAGAAAUUUUCUCCCACCUCUUCUAGAUGAAAACCCCUUUUAUAUAGACUUAUUUGUGCGGUGGGUAACAGAAAGAGUUUUUUCACUAGAGAAAUCUAGUUACUGGCCAAAAAUUGGAUUGAAGUUUAUAGAAGAUAUAGGCAUAGUAUUGGAAAUCUCAUUAAAAACGAUUUGUUUACGACCAAUAUCAAUGGAUGAUCUUGAUAUGCUAAAAACGCAUAUAAAAAAUAUAAUUGAAUUAAAAGAAAACCAUAAAAUUAAUAUGUUGCUGGGUGAGCUUAGUUCACAGAGUCCCAGCGAAGUCGCGUUAAUUAUGCUACGUCGAUGCUACACAGAAGAUUUAGAGCCUUUCUUGCAGCAUUAUUUGCCUUCAUAUAGUGCUAGGAACUCUUUUGAAAUUGACGAUACUCUACGCUCAUUCAUUGAAAUAGAAGCUGCAAGCAGUGGCGGUGACGUAGAUGGCGCCCGUUUAAAAAUAUUGCUUAAUUCGUUUCGAUUACAUACUAACAAACUAGAAUGCUUCCUUCAGGUUCUAAAGGUUUUAGAUGUACCAUGGAAUCCAAUAGUACUAGAACUCGCGGUAGAGGCCGCAUCUUCAGGGACAAAAGAUUUCACAACAACCGCUACAGAUCGUAUUCUCGCUGAGCAAAUCCAGCAAGAACUGAAUUAUGCGAAAGUUAAAGUCAUUUUAAAGAAAUAUAAGUUUUCCCUAAAAUGUACUGAUUAUCAACUGGUCUUGCAUAAGUUGAUGACAGCACCAAGCAUUGAUUUGAACGACUUGAAAGUUAUUACCAGUGCAUUGACAGAUUACACAAAUUAUGGCAGCUUAUUAUAUUUAAACCGAUGUCUUUGCGAUUGUGAAACGAGAGCUGCGCUGGAAUAUUUUAACCAGAUGCCAAACAAGGAAAAGAAAAUUUUGCUGAAAUCAGUUAUGAUCAAAUACGAACAAGUCAUAAAGGGAAAUUCAAACAACGCAAUUAUCGAAAGAAAUUAUGUCGAUUUCUUGAAAGGUAGUAAAAUGCUCAAUGAUUUAGAAAUUAAUACGAUUGAAAACAUGUAUUACUUAAAAAACUCCUUUGAGACAAAACGAAGUAUUAACGAUAUGUGUUGUGAAAAUAGUGCAAACGAAGCGGAUAUCACUAUGAAUGUUACUGGCACAGAAAUGAGCGGGUGUUUGGGUCAGCUUACUCGAGCACAUCAAACUUUACGGUCAACAUUGAUAGCAUUACUUCACCGCACUUCUUCAAAUCAUGAAGUUCGCAAACUAGUCGAAGCUCUCUUAACUGCUGAAGCCCAGGAACACUGUAAUACACAAAUUGCUUCAGUAUUGGCUAAUUUCAGAGAUGGAAACAAUUCAGCCAUUCUCAUGGAAUGCUGCCACGUUCUCACUGAACUUGUAUCAACUUGUACUGAAGAACAUAUACAUCGUGUAAUGAAAUAUUUAUCAAUGCUGACUGCAUUAGUGAAUGCUAAUAUAGUCGUUAAAAACCUGUCCAUAGCAUGGAAAUUCCAUUACAUAUUUUUACCCAUGUCUUCACUCUCAACACUGAAUGAUCUGAUUGAUUUUUACAUUUCGCCAUAUAAUUAUUUGGCACGUAAUCCCGGAAUCUGUCAUAGUAGGGGCGAUUUCAUUCCAAUCAGAAUAGUCGUAAAUAUUUCAGAAUACAUUUCUUCUUCUGACAAAGAUUUACCUGGAGAAUUAGUUCAAAUAAGAAACAAAAUAUGUAAGCAAAUUUUAAAUAAAGUUGUCGCAUCUCAAGAACUCGACGAAUUAUUGAUAACGAUAUUAUUAGAUCUUUUAAGCAAAGAUGAAGCCGAUAAAAUGUGGAUUAUAGACAUGUUACGAGGUCAGAAUGAGUCGCUGUCCCAUGCUGCUAUCGCGUACCUGGCACAACCAGUGAUAAGGCGCUCAUUUUCGGCAUUCUGUUUAACCCAAAACACAGUUGCGUAUUCGCCUCAAUACAUGUUAAAAACCAAAUUUAAAUUUAACGUGGCAGACUUAGCUUUGCCAGAAAUUAACAAUGAUGAUACUUGGGACACUAAAGUUGUGCUGUUCUUCUUUUUGAAACAGUACCCCGAAACUUCGUUUGAGCGCCUUAUAGAAUUGUGCCGCACCUUACACAUACCCGUCAAUGAAGGUCUGUCCUUUCAACUCAUCUCUUUGCUUACUACUUGGGAAUUAAAAUAUAAAAUAUUCAAUGACGACAUAGGUUGCUGUCAAACACACUUUGAAAACGACGAAAGCCAUCUGCUGCCUAACUGUAUAAAACUAUGGGAAAGCAUAAAAGACAAAGAUUUCAUCAAAGAUGUUUUAACAGAUCUGUGGAGAAACGGUGAAGUUACGUUACAUGGUCAUAUUGUUUCCAUAAAUCCCUAUUAUUACGAAGUGUAUUUAUGCAUAUAUCAUUUAUUGUAUGGUUCGUCCACCGAUUCAGAAUACGUAAAAGAAUAUUAUCUGUUAAAUUUCCUUAAAAAUUAUAACAGGAAAAGCGCUCCUAAACAACAUGAAUUUGAGUUGUUUUCUGUAAAAGGAAUGUUCCCAGAAAUCGGACAUCACCGCUUACCGUUUCACCUUUUUAUGCGUGAAGACAUGUGGGCGAAUUUGAAGUCAGAAAUAACAUUAGAAACCUACGAGCAGUGGCUGCCUGCAGUUGCUUUACUUUCACUAGAUGCUGAUAUACAAACCGCGAGAGACAUGAUUUGCAGUAACGCUCUCAAGCAAACUAUGACGUCUAGAAAGAAGAAUGAAGGGAUAGACACUGAGCAAAAAGAGAGCGAGCCCUGGCGCCUAACCACACGAGAAGAGCCUCUGCUUCGCGCAGCACACCGAUGUGUGAAGCAUAUAGCAAAUAUGGAAUGGGCAGGGGCGUGCCUCUUUUACGUUCUUCAAGGUUGUGCUCGUGGGGCCGACCAAGUCGCAGCGGCGCAGUUGUGCUAUCAAUUUGCUCAACGCUGGUCUGCUGUUCAGCCUAGUAAUCGAGCAGUCCGGCAAAUGGAACGUCUGCAUUCCACUCUUUCUACGAGACAUAUUUUGCAUAAGGUGGAAUGGGCAUGCGAAGAAUUUGUUCGACUUUCAACAGAGCCAACGCAACUUAUUCGAAACCUCUACUUGCAUCCAAACUUCGUUGAAAAGAUUUCUCGACACGAUAUAAAUCGGGCUGCAAAUGAAAUCGCGGACAAAAAUGGCAUCAACAUCAGUUCUAUCCGCAUAGAAAUUUUGGAAAAUAUUCUCGAAAAAUCAAAAGAAGAAAACAAAAAUAAAACUAGCUUUGGUCUUGACAAUAAAGACUUGACGACCGCUAAAUACAUACUGAAAGCUACUUGUCCAAAAAUGGGAGCUAUUUAUUUAUCUCGUAUUGCGCUCGAUGACGAAAACGAUUUUAAUAAAAGUAAAAAAUUAAGAGCACUCCAAUGCCUUAUGAGCAUUAUAGACUCUGACACAGCAUCAAAAGUCACUAACAGGGAGCGAGAUUCUUUAUGGAACACCCUUUUGGAAUUGUUAUACAUUGUUAAUCUUGAACAUAUUGACAUGCCUUGGAUCGUUGCCACGUUUAUGAAUGAUAAGCUUGGAGCACUUGAUCAAUUACUACAAGCAGUCGGAGGAAAUGUGGAAGGCUUAAAAAUAACAGGUGAUCUCGCGUGGAGGUAUGGGAAUAUCAAAAUAAUUCAGAAAGUAAUCCCUUCGAUGUUGCGUGCUGGACUUUACGACGAAUUAGUUCCUUUGUUAUUAAAGAUCGCAUUUGCAACUGACAAGACUGUAUGCGACGCCUGGAGAACCGUUCUUUUAUCGCCUUUCCAGCAGGCUGACUAUCCUAUCACUGAACGUCAAAGAGCAAAAUGCUUAAACGCUGUUAAUUUAUUACCUGUAUGUCCAGUGAUUAGAGAUGCAGAUCUAAUUGAAAUAUGGAAAAAUUGUGUGAGGUGUAAAUGUUUUGGUAUAGGUUGCCUAUUAUUGCCAUACAUGACCACGGAAUCGAGACAAAUAUUAUCAGAAUUGCAAAAAAUUGAUAGGAGAAAUCUGAUAGCUAGCCUAAAAAAUUUGCAAACUGAAACAUACCUUGUGCCUGGUGCUAUGCAUGUUCUAGAAAGUAUGGCAAGUCGAUCAUAUGGAAGAAGUCAGAAGACAUAAAAUGUAUUUCAUAUUUAUUUUUAUACACACUUUUUUGAGAUUUCUUAAAAUACCUGUUAUGGUUUUAAAUUGUGUAUGUUUAAACUAUGUAGGGUGCUAAAAUUA